GGCGGUUGCUAGGCGGCAAGAAAGCGCCGGCUCUGUGUGGACGGUACGCGGAGGCGCGAGGAGGGAGGCGCCUGGCGUUGCGCGGCGCUGGGAAACUGUCUUUGCAGCGGCGACUGGGCGCCCAGCGGCGUGUACUGGGAUUUCUGUGAGCAGAGGCUGCCGGGAGGGGGCGCUUGGAGGGCCACCGGCGGCUUCGAAAGCCUCGCAGCCGGAAGCCGCCGGUUGGCGGCCUGGAUUUACCUUACGAAAGGUUUUAACCAAGGACUGGAGGUUUCUCCGGUUUUAAAUUUAAACUAAUAUGCUGUGUCCUUUAAUCGGAAAAGGCUCUGACCUUAUUUUUUCCCGUUAAGAAACAAGCGAUUACUUCAUUGGAAGGAAAAUGAAUCGUUCCUCAAAUGUACCACGUAAAGGUAUUCUGAAAUCAGGUACAAGAUCCUUACAAAAAGUUCGCGGAGUACAUUUCGCAGAUGCACGAAAUGCAAGAUCAUUACUAUCAAUGCUUAAAGACAUUUCAGCUCAAAUAAUACAGAGGGCUUGGUUAUCUCAUACAAACAAAAUGAUAUUUCGACUCCUAAAACACGCAAUUUGUGCAGCGGAAUUCUAUGUAACACAUGAAAUACUGAAGAAAGUGGCCCCCUUAGAGGCUAAGCUUAUUAAGGAUCCUACUAUGCAGUGUAAAAUUAGAUUCAGAUUUAGAGGUGAAACGUUUCCACCUUUCAUCGUGUUUAAAAUUUUUCUUCAUACUGAUGGCCAUGGUUACAAGUAUUUUAGCGGAAAAAAUGUAUUAAUGCCGUCAAGUAAGGCAGUGGUUGAUGCUUGCAAACUAAUGGGGGAAAGGAAAUUUCACCGUAUAAUUAUGGAAGAUGAACGUAUUUUCCCGAAGUCCAAAGUAACUGAUAUAAUGGAUGUUGUCACCAUGCAAGAUUAUGUACAAUAUCGCAGUUUUUUCGAUGAGGCCCCUGCAUUUUCUGGCGGCAGAAAUAACAGCUGGCGCAAAUUAAAUCUUGAAAAUAUUCCCAGGACAAUGCUAAUGUAUGACAUAGUUCAUUAUUCAGAGUCUGGAGUGAUCUCAAACCGUCUACGAAAUGAAAUGAAGUUUCUGUUACAGAGACCAGUAACGCAAGAGAUCCAUAAGCACCAGCUACGGAUUGUUUCUGAAAUUAGGGGUCCAUACUUAACUGUCCAACCUCUAUAUCGGCCCUACAAACAGCAAAAUCAAGUUAAAUUUCUGGGUCGUCGAUCCAAGCAAGCUCAAAUGAAAGUUGAAAAAAUGAGAAAAGUUUAUUUGGCUAAAGAAAAAAAUACUUCUGAGGUGACUGAACCAAAAACGGGCCCAUCAGGUACAAAGGAUAACUAUCAUCUCCACUCCAUCUUUUGACAUUGUGAAAACUAAGGAAUCUAUGUCAGAGUGUCAGCUGGGAAAAGAAAAAAGGACUCAUUUUCCUGGUAUCAAAACUUGGCAGCUGGUGAUUCUCCAUCAUGAUAAUGAACAGUUAAUUGACAGAAAACCAAAGUUGUUUAACAAUCUGCUUGUCUGUCUAUAAAUAAUGAGUAUGUGUAAUAAAGGAAAAUAACAUAGAAUAAGUCCUGAGUAUGCUCUCUUAACUAAAUGUGUGACAUAUUUUAAGCCUUUUUGAAUUGCCAUAGGAACAAAUUCUUUUACUGACAGAAUUUUAAUCUAAACAAAUUUUUUCUGUUAGAUGCCCUUGAACUAGCAGUAUACAGUUUUGUUUAAGAGAUUAGUCCCUGGGACUUUUAUUCGAUUUUGAUUUUCCUUCAUUUAAACAAAUAUCUGAACAGGCCAUACUUAGCAUAAAUAUUAGAAUUCACAGAAUGAAAGGCUCCUUUUGAGUCAGCUUCUAGUGUCUUUUUUAAAGUUGAAAUUCAUUUUUACAGAACAGCUUGUGAAUGACCUAUUCUGAAUGAUAAUAAAAGUAAUAAUGGAUUUAUUGCUACAGGAGGCAUGACAUGGCAUAACUAAUCACUAUUGAGCAUUGGAAGCACCUGAGACAGAAUGUUGCGUCUGCUUUAAUCUAUUUUGGAUAUUUUUCAAGUAUGAAGUCUAUUUGGAGUAAUAUUUAUCAAUUUCAUUUUCAAUUGAUAAAUUGUCAUUCCUAAUAUGGUAUAAAUUAUUGAUUUCUUUUGUGAUCCAGGCUGUUGGAUUAUAUCAGACUUUACACAGAGGCUAUGAUAAUUAAACUGCAAUAAUUUAU